UCCGGCGUUCACCAUUAUUCACACUAUUCCGGCAUCGGCAGAUUACAAUCAAUGUCAAAGUUUGUGGAUGUGUUUAAUGUACACAAAAGUAAUUAAAAUAUAGUUCGAAUUUAAUCACUACUUAAUAUCUGUUCUAUUACGCCUGUUUUCAUCAUGUUUAAUGAAGAUUUGUUAUUACUUCUAAUUCUUGUGUUUAUAUGGGCUGAAUACCUAUGGGAGCAGUACCUAUCCUUGCGUCAGCUAAAAAUAUAUAAAACAAACAAUACUAUACCUGAAGAUUUAAAAGAAAUGCUUAAUGAAGAUUCAUUCAAGAAAGCUCGUGUAUAUGGUAUUGAUAAAUCUCAAUUUAAAAUUGUUAAGGAGUUUUAUAGUAUAGCAUUAACCACCAUAAUCCUGUACAAUAGAUGGGUUUACACAGCUUGGGCUAAAUCUGAAAAUAUUGCAGCUAUUUUCAGUAUUAGUGCAGACCAAGAAAUUCUUGUAAGUUGCAUAUUCAUGACAUUUGUAACACUGUUCAAUUUUCUUGUGAAUUUACCUUUUACUAUUUAUGCAACAUUUGUACUUGAGGAGAAGCAUGGUUUUAACAAACAAACUAUUGGGUUCUUUAUUAAGGAUCAAAUGAAGAGUUUAGCACUGAGUUUAGUUAUAACAUUACCUAUUAUUUCAGUUGCUAUAUACAUAAUAAUGUUGGGAGGCAAUAUGUUCAUUGUCUGGCUGUGGCUAUUCACUACAGUUGUAUCUUUGUUCUUGCUUACAAUAUAUCCAUCAGUGAUAGCUCCCAUAUUUGAUAAAUUUGAGCCUCUACCUGAUGGUUCCCUUAGAUCUGGAAUUGAAAGUUUGGCUUCGAAACUGUCAUUCCCACUGUCUCAGAUAUACAUACUUGAAGGUUCCAAACGUUCAGUCCACAGUAAUGCAUACUUCAGUGGUCUAUUUGGUGAGAAAAGAAUAGUUUUAUUUGACACUUUGCUUGAAAAGCAUGAUGAGACAAAAAAUGUUACAACAGGUUGUACGGACAGUGAGAUAUUGGGUGUUUUAGCUCAUGAACUGGGUCACUGGAAAUGUAGUCAUAUUUAUAAAUCAAUAGCUCUUACUGAAGUUAAUCUCUUGUUAUUAUUCACUGCUUUUGGAUUACUUUUUAAGAAUUCUCUUUUAUACACAACAUUAGGUUUCUCUUCUGGUCAAGAACCUAUCAUAAUAGGCUUAAUUGUGGUUUUACAAUUGAUUCUAGCUCCGUACAAUUCCCUUUUAUCAUACUUUGCUACAGCACUUUCUCGUAAGUUCGAAUUUGAAGCGGAUAACUUUGCCGUAGGCUUAAAUUAUGCAAAUGAAUUGAAAUCUUCGCUUAUUAAGUUAGGGAAGGACAAUUUAGACUAUCCCAUCUAUGACAAACUGUAUUCUGCUUGGUAUCAUUCACAUCCAACUCUAUUGCAUAGAAUAGAAAACAUAAAGAAGCAAGCUUUGCAUAGUAAGAAAGAAUAGAUUAUCUUAUUGGCAUUUCAUUGUGCAUUUUUAACAGUACAAUUUAUAUGUUUAAUACUAUUUUAGGACUGUAAAUAUGUAUAGUUACUAGUCCAAUCUUGCAUUUUACUGUUAUUUAGUUAAAUGAAAGAGUUAAGCUUAUGCACAAUACUUUUUGAAAAAUUUAGAAUCUGUAUUUUUUAUAUAAAAAUCAUACAUAUAUUGUAUUAAAAUGGGAUAUAUGAUUUACACAAAUUGAUAUAUUUUAAGUAUAAACACCUGUCACCAAAAAUAUUGGCUAUUGUUAAAAUAGGAUAAUAAGGUUGUGUGUAGGUACAUGUAUUAUUUUAAAAUAUUCUUAUUACAUUAAAGGUUCUAACAUUAUAUUUUGUUAAUACAGCUUUAUAGCUUUAUGUUUUCUUGGUUUAAUAAAGAAUAAUAAUUUACAUUGAAGUAUAGCAACACCACUGGAAGGCAAGUACUGUACCACAUGACACAACAUUAAAGCAUAAACACUUUGGUUGAGAGAUCUCAGUACUUUAAUGUUAAAAAAAACUUAUAGGGAUUUAAGAUCAAGUAAAAGCCUGAUAAUGUACUUUUAUAAAUCUUCUGACAUAUAUAUUAUCAAUUAAAUGUGUUAAUAGAAA